AUGUCUCGAAACACACAGCGCGAGUCUUUCAAGACUCCUACCAAAAUAAAGAAACCCAAGAAGUCUACGGCAUACUCCUCCGACUCUUCAUAUGCUGGUGUGGAUUUGAUUACCGACUCGGAAGAUAACGAUUCAGAUGAUGAGCCAGAUGUAUUUGGUGGGGCCGGGGGGUCUAGGUUCGAGCAGAAUGAAGAAGCGGCCAUGUUUGAAUCCGCAGAAGAAGAUGAUGAUCUAGAGACUGGCGAGAAUGACAUCGAUGCACAAACCAAAUUUGAAGAAUGGGCAGGAAUUCCAGAUUACCCGGACGACUUGGGCACCCAUCCUGGAUUCUUUGAAGAUGAUACAAACGAUAACCUGAAUUCCGAUAACAAUGAUACUCCCAAGAAGCGAGUUACAUUCGUCGACGAUGAUUCAGAUACCAGCAUAUCUGACGAUGAGUCUGUCAUGUGGCAUCCUGAUCUAUUUGAAACCGAAACCUCCGCGCAAGGUCCAUUCUUGAGUGCAGAUGCACUUCCCCCUCGUAUUGCGAGAGGAUUGGAAGAUGACACAUAUAAUGAUGACAAUGGUUCUGACCCAGAGGUUGAAUGGGGAAAUGGAAAUAAUGAUUCUACUUCUGGAGAAAGUGAUAGUGACGAUUCCGACGCAUCUGGGUAUCAAUCUGAUGUUGAUGAUGACGAUGAUGAUGAUGAUGAUGAUGGUGGGGACACAACUGAUGAUGAAGAUUGGAGAGAGAAACGUCCAGAAGCAGACGAGUCCAUGCCUCGAGGCAAUUCACCGAAACCUCCACUAUGUCUUGGUUUUCGAAUCCAGCGGAAAAAGGGUCAACCCGAUGUUAUAACUUGGUAUCACAACACCGAUAUACCCUUUGUUAUAUUGGAUGAGCAUGGAAAGGAUCUUUUAACGUACUCUUCCGACCCCACCAGACUAAAGGAUAACAGCUCACCUUCACCCAUUAGAAACGGGGGCAGCAUGGGACAGUACAACCCAGCCCUUAGUAAUCAAGCCAACAUCAUGAUGAAUGCAGUGGCAGAUACUCCAUCUGAGUUUGGAUCUUAUCACAAUGGUCCUGGCAACCCAGGAACCUUUUUCGAUGAAAACAACGUUUUCAUGGACGACAAUGUUGUUCGUCCAACAAGCAGUUCAUCCUAUGAAGGUAGCGAAGACCAAAAUGAACCUCUUCAAUGGAGUGACUUACUUCACUUGGAUGAGGAAGGAGGCGUGGAUGGUCCAGUCGAACCUCAAUCAUCUACUCCAGCUCCUCCAACCACUUCCGAUGGACUUCAUCCUCUUCUGAUACAUCUCGACAAAGGUACCAAUGUCGGUGCCUUCCGACUCAACCGACAAAACGAAAACCUCAUCAACACCAAUACUGUCUCCAAAGAUGCACUUGACUUUGGAACCACCCCAAUUAAAGGUGUUAAGGAUGGUCACUUUGAUUCUCUCACCAGCUCUCUAACCCCACGACGAAAACGUAAAACCGCCUCGAAUUCCACUGUUGAUGUCGUUAAUCGGAAGCGGAGGUCGCGUGGUGCACCCGAGGGACGUCAAUUUCAUAAGAGAGGUCGCAGCAAGGAGUAA